UAGAGAGAUAUAGAGAGAUAUAUAGUUAGAUAGAGAGAUAUAGAGUGAUAUAUAUAGUGUGUGUAGAGAGUGUGUGUGUCUAGAGGUAGAGAGGUAAGGAGAGGGAGCAUCGAAAAGUCGCCGCUUGUGGAGCCAUGGAGCGGAUUGUUAAACCACGUACCCAGCGUGCUAAGAGGCUACUGGAGGAGCGAGCCUGCCGGGCUGGGGGAGGAGCCAAACGCUGCCUCCUGCUGAGGGGCGGAGCCACGGGGGGGCCCAUACAGGCGCUGAGAGACACGGCUGCAUUGAAAAAGCCGUGGGCUGUGAUGUUAAAGAGAAAAAACGCGAUCCGUCCAUUUGAAGACACCAGCUCACUGGAAUUCCUCACCACGAAGGCCGAAGCCUCCCUUUUCCUGCUGGGAUCUCACUCGAAGAAGAGGCCUCAAAAUCUGGUGAUGGGGAGAAUAUUUGAUGGCCACUUGCUGGACAUGGUUGAGAUGGGAAUUCAAAACUUCUCAUCACUCAGAGGAGCAAAGGCUGUUGGUGAGGGGGUGAAGCCCCUUCUGAUCUUCUCUGGAGAUUUCUCUUCCUCACCAAGCCUGCUAAGACUGCAAAAUCUCCUCCUGGACUUCUACCGGGGUCCCACCAUCCCCAACGUGUCUCUGAUGGGCCUGGAGUUGGUACUCAACUUCACGGCCAUAGGAGGCGACUUGGUCCUCAUGAGGGGUUACCGGGUGGAGUUGAAGCGUUCUGGUUCCCGGUGUCCGCGUGUUGAGUUGGUGCCGCUGGGCGCACAGAUGGAUUUAGUAAUCCGCCGUGCCCACCUGGCCACUCAAGACCUCACCCGGCACGCCCUCAGACAGCCUCGGACAGCCACACAGCCCCAGGGCCACCCCUGCGUGGGCAAGGGCUCCAAGCGCAACUUGUCUCGUGACGCUCUGGGCGCUCGCCUGGGCCGCCUGCACCUCCAGCAGCAGCCGCUGGGGGCGCUGCGCCUGGCGCGGCCUCGCGCACUCAGACGCAGCAGCGCCAACAACACCAACAACACCAACACCAUCAAAAACACCAACAAAAAUAAAAACACCAUUAACAAUAAAAACACCACCACUAACACCAACACUAACACCACCACUAACACCACCAACACCACCAACACCCACGUGCGCUACCUGGGCGGCCUUUGGGGAUAA